UGUUAAAAAUAAAUAGAAGGCAAAAAUUUACAACGUCGUUUAACAGAACCUGCCGGAAGAAAAAACCAGCUACCAUUGCAAGGGUUUAACAGAACCGUCACUCAGGUGAACGAUGAAGAUGACAGUGGAACCAACCUACUCUCCAAGUCCAACUCCCAAAGAAGAAGUCGAAUGGGUCCCACUCCCAAAACACCCUCUCUUCACCUCCAUCUCUCACGGCGGUUCCGUCACAUUUUCCCGAAACCUACUUGCUUGGGACGGAGCCUCUCGCCUUUAUUUCUGGGACUCCAACAAUAACUGCCUUCAUCGUCUAUCUCUUCGCCUCGGCGAUCCUGAUCCUACUUCCGUUCUCGCCGCUUCUCCCUCUAAGGUGUUGCGAACGGAUAUUGUGCUUGACUUUGAUGUUCAUAGAAUCUCCAUCAAUAGGAAUGGAACAGCGAUACUUCUUUUCGGUUCUGAAAGACUUUGUGUUAUGUAUCUUUAUGGACGCACAUCUAAGAAGGACGUAAAUUUGAUUUGCAGGACUAUUACUGUUGGUUCUCAAACACAUUCCCUUGGAAACAAUGAUAUUCGUGUAUUGGAAGCAUUAUGGCACCCUUACAGUGAUACCCAUUUGGGUAUCCUUUCUUCCGACUCAGUUUUUAGGCUUUUCAAUCUGGCGGUGGAUCCUUUGCAACCAGAGCAAGAAUAUUAUUUACAGCCUACGGGGCCUGGUAGAUCCAGAAAUGCCUCAUCAAUGUGCCCAGUUGGUUUCUCUUUUGGCGGAGAGCACUUGUGGGACAGGUUUAGUGUUUUUGUUGCAUUCAGCGAUGGGGCUAUCUAUUUAAUUUGCCCUGUUGUUCCAUUUGGAAGUCUCAUCAAAUGUGAAUCUCUAUUAGAAUUACACAAUGAUGCUCAUACAUUUGGGCUAAUAUCAGCCAACUCUGUAGCGGCUAGUAAUUCAAAGUUGGCAAUCUCCUGGCUAGAAGCAACAUUUCCUGAGUUACAGCAUCAAGAAACUGAAGGAAACAGCUUGUCUAUGCUAAGAGCUCAUGCUUAUGCUGUAUUUGAUGCAUCUCUUGUCUUGCAGGGACCUCUGCGAAGAGUAGGUCAGAGUGGAAAUGAAGAUUUGGUCGGUCGUAGUGCUGAAUGUGAGGGUCGUGCUGUUAGUUUUCUCUACAAUUCAGUCAGCAAAGACUCUAUCUUGGUGACUGCCUGGAGUGGUGGGCAAUUACAGAUAGAUGCUCUAGCUGAUGAAAUCCAACCUGUUUGGAGUGUUGGCAGUCCACCUCGUCUUCGUCUUGAUUCCCACGACGAAAUUCUUGGCCUUGCUAUGAUUUGUGAAUCAAUUUCUGGCAGUCGUCAGGAGAAGCUUGAUCAUAAUGCCGGGUUGGUUAAUCCACCCCCUUUGCUGAGAUUGGCUAUUGUUGAUUUGGCUCUGCCACGAAGAGCAGAAAACAGUUAUAAUAUUGCAUUGGUCAUUGAUACCCUUAUGCCAGAGAGAAUAUAUGCCCUUCAUGAUGGAGGGAUUGACUCGAUAGUGUUGCAUUUUCUUCCAUUUACAAGUCAGACAAAUGGAAAGGAUGAUACAAUGAAGACACCUUCUGUACAUCCUGUUCUAAACACUUGCCAGAGUGGAUGCACUUCAGAGCCUUCACUCUGCGGUUUUGUGUCAUUGUCAGAUUCAUUUGGAUAUUCCUGGAUUGUAGCUGUUACCCAUUCUCAAGAAUGUGUUGUGCUUGAGAUGAAAACUUUGAACCUCUUGCUUCCGUUAAGUAUUGAUAUGGAGAAGAAUCCCAUUCAAUCAGAGGGGCAAUCAAAAGAGAGAUAUAUACAACCAAUAAUUAGCAAAGAACUACUUAGUGGGCCCAAGGAGGUAAUUAUUCCAUGGGCCUCUCAAAGUUUACGUUCAGUUGCAGCUGACUCAAUUGAAGGCCGAUCAACAUUGCACCAGUAUUUCAAGUUGUUUCAUGAAACUUAUGUGGAAUAUGCACAUAAGGUGCAUCUGGAACUCAAGCAUCAUGCGCCUCAGUUGAAGAAAAUCAUUAAUGAUCAACAUUCUCGAUUAGGUGAUGCACAGCAGAAACUUUUGAAAGUUGAGGAGAAAGAGUCUAUAUUACAGAAAACGGUUGAUCGUGUAACUCAAAUGCACAAUUCUUUGGAGGAGCGCUUACAACGAUUAAGGAACUUACCUGGUGCUCACAAAAAACCACUGUCCAGAGCAGAGCGACAGUUUAAGUCUGAACUUGACCACUUCAAGGAAGUUGAGUUGGAUGCUUUGCAUUCUUCUGUUGAGGCGCUAAGUGCGAGGCUGAGAAGGCACACACAAGCUUCAAAAGCUAUUCAACAACAAAAGAAAAUGCCAGGGAAGAAAAUUGGUGCUGGAGAUGACCAGAUAUCCAUACUCAAAUCGUCGCUUGAAAAACUUUCACUUGUAAAUACUGAAAAUUCAAAGAAAGUUAAGCUUGUUGAGUCCACAUUGAGUAACAAAGAAAGAAUCAGUGGAGAAUCCAGUCUUCCUAUGCUUAAAAACAGUUAGUAUUUACCAUCUGCGACACGGUGUGGUUCUCAGAAUUAAGCUCCUAUUGUUUGUAGUGUCACCAUUUUUGUCACCUCAAUCUGCCUCACCCAAGAUUGUUUCACAGAAAGAUAAGUUGGAAAGACAAUUAACAUAUGUAUUUACAUUACAAAUUUGUUUCAUGUUAAAGGGAAAAAGAAGCAAAAUUUGUAUGUUGAAUGUAUUGUAUCUGUAGCUAACUUCCUUAUUAAUUGUCAGCAUCAGAAAAGAAAUUCCACCGCAUUAGUAA